AUGGCGACCUCUGCACUGGUUGUUCCCGGUCAGGUUCUGGGUAAUCUCUCCACCCACCGUGCAGGCCCGGGCACGCAUGUCUACGAGAACAACAUCCUGGCCUCAAUCAUCGGCAGAUCCAUCGUGACUCCCGCAGACAAGGGCCAGUCCGGCUCCAGCAAGGCAGUCAUUUCCGUCCCUCGCCCCGGCACGAGCCCGUCCGCAACCAAGACCGCGAACGCCCUGCCAGCAGUCGGCUCAACCGUCCUCUGUCGAAUCACUCGAGUCCAGCAGCGGCAGAUCACCGCUUCGAUCUUGGUCGUCGACCCGUCUCCCCAGGACGUCACGUCCUACACCCGUAUCACCGAUGACGACCUGCAGUUCCAAGCCGUGCUGCGGCGCGAGGAUAUCCGCACGCAUGAAAAGGACAAGGUCGUCAUGAACGACAUGUAUAGAGUCGGAGAUAUCAUUCGUGCCGUGGUCAUCAGUCUGGGAGACGAGCGGAACUACUACAUCAGCACGGCGGGUAAUGAGUUCGGCGUGGUCGUCGCCACGAGUGAUGCUGGGAAUGCAAUGGUCCCCGCGAGCUGGAGGGAAAUGAAGGACGUGGUGACUGGUCAGGGCGAGAGCAGGAAGGUCGCAAAACCAUCGUGA